CGUCAUCGCCAAGUGGUGGAGGAAUCUCAGCGCCUGACAGAGCGACUCAACAGUCAAGUGGAUGAAGAGUUUGGAGAGCUGGAUGGUAGACAGAGAGAAGAGGGGGAUCGAGAGGAGGAGGAGGAGGAGGAAUCUUCUCGUCUCUGGGUGGAUCAGUUUUCUCCUCAACACUACACUGAACUACUCAGCGACGACUUCACCAACCGCUGUUUGCUGAAGUGGCUGAAGCUGUGGGACCAGGUGGUGUUUGGACGAGAGAGGAAGACACGCCCACCCCCAGCCGAGAGGCCCGACCAGAACACAGCCAAUCAGGACCAGGGACGCUUCAAUAAGGGCCGGGGUCGCUUUAAUUCCACCAACCGGAGCCAGGGGAACUUUAAUCAAGCCAAUCAGAAAUUUAAGACCAAGAGUCAGAUCACUGAGGAGCUUCUGGAGGCCGAACUGGACCAGUACAAAAGGCCCAGAUACAAGGUGGUGCUGCUGUCUGGUCCUCCGGGUUUAGGGAAGACCACUCUGGCCCACAUCAUCGCUAAGCAUGCUGGGUACAACGUGGUGGAGAUUAACGCCAGUGAUGACCGCAGUGCGGAGCUGUUCCAGAAGCGUAUCGACACAGCGACCCAGAUGAGGUCAGUGCUGGGAGCCAAUGAGAAGCCUAACUGCCUCAUCAUCGACGAGAUCGACGGAGCGCCCGCCGCUGCCAUCAGCAUCCUAUUGGCCACUCUGAACAGGAAGGACAGCCAGGGGGCGGAGUCAGAGGCGGAGCCUCUAAAGAAGAAGAAGAAAAAGUCGGUCCUCCUCCGACCAAUCAUCUGCAUCUGUAACGACCUGUAUGUUCCAGCCCUGAGGCCUCUGAGGCAGCAGGCGUUUCUAUUGGCCUUCCCCCAGACACAGCCUUCCCGCCUGGCACAGAGACUGGCUGAGAUCUCCAGGGGCCAGGGUAUGAAGGCUGACAUGGGGACUCUGAUGGCUCUCUGUGAGAAGACGGACAACGACAUCAGAUCCUGCAUAAACACACUGCAGUUCCUCCACGGUCGAGGGAAGAGACAGCUGGACAGUUGUAGUUCCUCCACGGUCGAGGUUAGAGACAGCUGGACGUCUGGACUGUUCAACCUCUGGCAGGAGAUCUUCCAACUGCCGCGCAUCAAACGGAAGCGUGUGGGCGAGGAGCUGGAAGAGGGGCUUAGAGAAGGAGGCGGGGCCGAGAGACUACAGCACAUCCUUCACCUGGCCUCUUCCACCGGAGAGCACGACAAACUCACACAGGGUCUCUAUGAUAACUUCCUGUCUAUGCGUGUGAAGGACCACGAUCUUGGCAGAGUGUGUCAGGCUCUGGAUUGGUUGGGCUUCUCAGACGGGUUGACCCAGGCCAUGCUGCAAGGACAAAACUUCUCUCUGCUGCGAUACCAGCCCUUCCUCCCCGCAGCUUUCCACUUCCUGUUUGCUCACACACACGUCCCCCGCAUCAACUACCCCCACAGCCAGUACGAGGCUCUAACUAAGACCUCAGCCAGCAGGAACGCUCUGGCGGCCAUGUUAUCUGAAGUCCCAGCAUGCAUCAGGACUAGAGUCAGUGAGCUUAGUCUCAGUCUGGACAUCCUGUCCCUCCUGCUGGAUAUUAUCUGUCCUAAACUACGACCUGUGAACCCCCAACUGUUCAGCGACAGAGAGAAACAGCAGCUGGUUGAUCUGAUUCACACCAUGAUCUCCUACAACCUGUCCUACAGACAGGACAGAACGCCUGAUGGCCAAUAUGUUUACGUUCUGGAGCCGCGUGUGGAGCAGGUGGUCUGUUUCCCAGGCUUGCCCCCCCACAGACAGCUGACCUACCAGACCAAACAGACGAUCAGCAGAGAGAUGGACCAGGAGAGGAUGAGGAGAGCAGAGUCACUGAUGCUGCUACGCAACCCACACACGAAGCAGGAGGACGAGAAGGAAAAGCAGCCUAAGGCCGUGACAUCAUCUGUGACAUCGUCCGUCAGGAACCACCAGCAGAGGCUGGAGAACAUCCUGAGAAACACUGUAGUCGAGAUCAGG